CAUGACCUGCACCCUUCACCCUUCACUCUGGUGGAGCUGUCUUCCUUCUCUUCUGUCUAUGUGAUCUGCGCAAACUUCUGCACUUUCUUAGAGAGGUAUAUUUCAGGAUCAAGAAUCAUGCAUUACUUCCUGCUGGGAUCUUUAGUCAUGGCGCUGAUUUACCUUUCAGCUGAAGGAAAUAUCCAUGUGUUCCAGAAGCCACGAGUUAUUGCCGUUAAGAUGGGUCGGACUGUGUGGAUAAACUGUUUUCUGACAGAUCAGUCUUUGCCGACUCAUGUAGAGUGGUUCAAAGGCCAGAAUAGCAAAAUCCAGCUCAAGAGCAGCCAAAGAAUAAAGAUAAAGGAGAAGAGUGAUAAUGAAAGUGCUUCCAUUACCUUUUAUAAAGUGGAGACCAAGGACAGCGGCACUUACUUUUGCAAACUGAACGGCACACUUGGACCAGGAACUGAGCUUAUAGUGUACAGAUACACUCAGCCCCAGAUCUUGAAGAGAAUGAGAGUCAAAGAUUUUAUAAUUUUCCUUCAGACUUUACUCUUGAUUUUGUGCAUCGUCGUUCCUCUGGUUUACUUUUACAGACUGGAGAAAAAAGAAGAUGCAGUUUACGAAGAGCCUGAUGAUAAUCACAUAUAUGAGGGCCUCGCGGUUGAGCAGUGUGGUGGUGGCGAUCUGUAUGAGGACAUCUCUGCUUUUCAGCAGGCCACAGAUGCAUCGUGGGAAGUUGAGUACCCAUACCAAGAGUGAGAAAAACCCAUCCAUCAGAUAAUUGAUCUGCAGAUAUCAACACCAGACACAAAUGUUCGCAAUGACAUCCAAUCCCCUGUCAGUUUGUGCUGGAUAAGUCACAUGUAGGCAGACUGACGUCGCUACGUGCAAAUACAGUAAAUGCUUAUAAAACAAACUUUGGAAAGUAUGAAAUUAUUAUGAUGUUUAUUGGCUUGUGGUUUCUUUUUGAGGAUGUGACAUAUACAACAAUAACAAACAUUUAAAGACAUUGUAAUACAUUCAACUUUUUUUUUUUUUGCUUGUUUGUUGUCUGUAUUACACUUUUAAUUCGAGUUUAUAUUCAUUUUCCUGUACAGUGUAUUAUGUGGUAGUGACUGUUGUAUGAAUGCACCGGAUCUGCUAGUCAUUCAUAACAAGGUGCUCUCUAUUUGGUUAUAAAAAUACUAUUGGUAAGGAACUGUUUAAAGCUCAAGGGAGCUUUCACUUCAAAUCUGUACAAAUAAGCAUGUGAAUAGCAGGUGUUUUCCACAAAGCAGCUUUUUUUGGUAAAUGUUUGCUAUAUUUUCUUUGCACUAAUGCCACAAGUCUUCGAAAGAGCAUCUGCACAGAACACCUGACCAUCUGUACAAGGAUUUAACAUUGUCUUUGUUGCAAAUUUGCUGUUUGAUUAGUAAAAUACAGAAUGCUAAAAUGUA